AGUUCCUGUCUCUCUGGUGGUGUAGCUCACUUCCUGUGCUUCUGCCGCUGCUUAUGUUUGACUCUCUCUGUUAAGACUGUUGUUCUCACAGAUAUGGAUUUUUUGAUGACAGAGUCAACUUAUAAACUUCUUAUAUUUUUAUGCAUGAUACGAGGAACGUGUGGAAUGCUUAUAUAUUAUGACACAUCCACAACUGCUGUGGAGGGACAGAACAUCAGCUUGCAGUGCAUUGUGGGAGAGGAGCAUAACAUCAAAAUUAUCCAGCUGGAAUGGAUUAAACAGCAAAAAGAUAAUGAGAAGAACCAUAAGAAGAUUGUAGUGUUCCAUCCUGGGUUGGCAAUACAUUAUUUUCAAUCUGGUCCUCUUCUGGAGACAGUGACCAGUUUAAAAACUGGGGAGCUACAGGGCUCAAUCCUGACUCUGCAUAAAGUUACAGUGAAUGACAGUGCAAACUACGUUUGCGAAAUUACUUCUUAUCCUAAUGGCUCGAUUAAAAGAACCACAAACCUGCAAGUGACAGAGCCUCCAACAUCAGUGAAGAUGUCAUAUCCAUAUGGAUUCAUAAAAGAGGGAGAUGAAGUGAAAAUAACUUGUUCAGUGAGCCCUCCACCACUCCGUUAUAAACUUGGAAGGUCAAAGGACAAGAUAUUUUUUCUGGAAAGCUCAAAUGGAGAGUUCAUUUUACUCAACGUCACCAGAAACGACAGCGAUCUGUACAUCUGUUUACCAGAAUGGGACUCGUUAGUCCGAAAUCAGCAAGGUCUCAAUGCCACCGUGGAACUGACUGUGAAUUUUCUUGAUGGCAUUGAGUGUAACACAAGCAGCCCUUUAAACGUCAGCGCUGGUGAAGAUGUGGCACUUUCUUGUGUCGCAAAAGCAUCACAGUACUUGCAGUAUAAGUGGAUGAGAGGUGACACAACACUGUCUCUCUCAGACACUUUGUCUCUGACCUCCGUAACAUCUGACCAAUCAGGAACAUACAAACUGACAGCUGUCUUUCUGGACAAUCAACUGCAGACAGACAUGGAGUUUACUAUUCAUGUUCUCUCAAAGCAAAGCGAAGGAAUGACAACUCCUUCCCCAGUAAGAACCACCAAACAUCUGAGCAGCUUUACCUCCAAUGGGACCAGCUCAUGGAGCACUGAUACCACUGUGUCUACAACAGAAUCUGGUCACUUCCUAGUCAGCACAGUGAAAUCAAAUACCACUCUGACAACCCUACAACCCAAACACACCAGCCAUCCCACUCCUCUCACUGGCAGCUCUUCUGCUCCACCUGUUGGCAAUGCAUCUACAUUACAUGCAAGCACUGUAAAAUCUACAGACAGUUUGAGCUCGACUCCAGAUCCUGCUACAAGAAGAGAAGUAGCCACCACUGUUAUAACACAGAAAAACAUCAUCCACACUGUUACAACACCAAAAGCAUCAAAAAACUCAGCAUAUAUCGCCGUCCCGAUUGUGUUGCUGUUGCUCGUGUUGAUUGUGCUUCUAUACAGAAGACACCAGAACCAAAAAAAAAUGGAUAUGCCACCUCCAUUCAAACCUCCCCCACCACCAGUGAAAUACACAUCAGUGAGGAACCAUGUCCCUAUGACUGAUAUUCUAGUGUGAAUGUAUCACUUGAGAACCCACAAACCGUGGGCCACAAAUAUGCUGACAGGAAGAUUUCUCCCUAAAGGCCUCAUCCAAAUCUAGUUGUUUAAUUUAAAACUUCUUCUAAAGAGACAGAUUUCAUUUUAAUGGUUUUAUUAACAUAUAAAAACGUUUAUCAACACCCAUAGACCACAUCAAAUAUGUAAAAAAAAGUGAUUUGAAGAUAAACGGAAGUCUUGUGGGUUUAGAAUUUUCAUAUUUAGGUGAAUUACCUCUUUUAUUUAUAAAUAAGUUUUAUUUUGUUAUAUUUUUGGUUAACAUGAGAUCCUCGUUUUUAUGUUUUUAUGUGAUUUUUCUCUGUAGUUCUGAAUAGGUUGUACAUAAAAUCUGUUACUCUUGUAAAUA